AUGCGUCCUGUUUCCGCUGCGGCUGUCUUGGCUGCUUGCCUCCACGUUGGUCUCUGCGAUGCCAACGACCUGGCACCACGAUGCGCUGUCAACUGUGCCUCGAACAUCAGAAACGACAAGGGGGCACUCGACCUCAAGACCAUCUGUGGAAACAAGCUCAUGACAAACUCCCUCUUCCAAUGCCUCAUCGGCGCCUGUCCCCAGAACGACUAUGGCCCAGCGCUUGCACAUGUCGUUCUCGCAUGUUCCAACCUGGGCAUGAGCAUUGGGCCGUUGCAUCCCGUGGAGGUCCAGCACGUCGACCUGGAGAAACCUCAAUAUCUUCCCACCCCAUCAAUCCCUCCUGCAUACAGCACGCCUGGUGAUACAUCCCAGCCGGAUACCCACCAUUUGACUUUGUCCUUUGACAUUUCCCUUGAUUUGAAAUGCAAUUCCGGGCCUGACGGUCUUGUCACUGUGACUCUCCCUCCGCCUGCUCCAUCUACGUCUGCCACCUCUCCUACACCACCACCUCCCGUCUCCAGUCCUGAUCCUGGUGAGGGCGAGGGUGAAGGCGAGGGCGAGAACCAAGGCGAAGGUGAGAAUGGCAAUGGCGAGGGUGAGAACGGUAAUGGUGAGAAUGGCAAUGCUACGCCACCCGCCCCAGCCAAACCAACCAAGUCAACAGCUGAUCCGGCUACGACAUCUUCAUGUCCGCCAGGCUCCACUCCACCAAGCUCUCAGGGUCCUGACGGCGGGCAAGCUCCUCCACAGUCAACUGAUCCUAGUGAGAACGGUGGUCCUGCGGUAACGUCUGCGCCCUCGGUGGCCCCUGGGGGAGGCAAUCCUUCGUCUCCAGCCUCUACGUCUCCAUGCUCAACCGCUUCUCAAGAUACCGGUGGCCUUGAUCCUCAGGAUCCAAACCAGUCUUCAAACAACUCCGCCGGGGAACCUUCUCAUCCACCCAAUGGUGGGGAUGGCCCUCAGGCCCCAGCAGCUUCCGUUGCCACGCCCGCACCUGUUUCUCCAACUCCAGCCCCUUCAUCAAGUCCUUGUUCGGCGACAGAUGAUGCCAACAUGUCAGCCAAUCCAACCCCAGGCCCUCAAGUAUCCAAGGCCGCAGAGCCUGCAACUGUGGCUCAACCAUCUCCGUUGCCUUCCCCUUCUUCGCCCCCUGCUGCCACCACAGAACCGGCAGAUCCAUCAAGCGCCAACCCUCCAGAAUACACACCCGCGGGAUCUGGUGAGCAGUCACCUGACAACAGCUCUGCCUUUCAAACGAGCAUCCCUGAAUCAAGUGCAGAACCCAUUCCACAGGAAAGCCCCAGCUCAGGAGCGCAGGCACCAUCGUAUGGGCAAGGCGGCUUAUCAUCACCGGUACAGACUCCAGAUAGCCAAACGGAUGACCUUGCUGCGGAAACCGCAGAGAGCAAGCCUACUUCCAAGACAGCCGAACCUUCGGUGACCACUCUUUGGCCAACUGCCAAGACUAAUCGGUCAUCAAGCCCGACAAGUCCAGGGGCACAUGGUCAAUCAUCCACCACCACAUGCGAAUCUGGGGGCAAGGAGACAGUGACGACAGGGCACGAUGAGUCAAUGGGCUCGGUCAUGGUCAAAGUCAUUCGUCCUGGUGAGGCUGGUGCUGAGAUUAUGUUUGUGACUGUUUGGGAGCCAGCUCCUGCAGUUACAGCAGCUUCCACAGACAUGAUCAGCAAUGUCGCUCAAUUGGCCAUUGGCAGUAGCGUGAUGGUGGAAUCAAUGGUUGACUCCGGUCACGUCGCUGAACCAAGCAGCCUUCCGACACAGAGCGGAUUCGUCAUGUCGAGGCCCACAACAGCUCGCGUUUCUGUGCCAUCCGACAACGUGGUGGCGGAAACAUCACUUCCCAAAAUCGCAUUGGUCAACAGCGUUUCGAAGCUAACACCCCAGCUUUGCAUCAUUGCUCUGCUCAUCAUCCUCGUCAGCGGGAUAUUGAUGAGCUGA